GCGCAGCCGCAUCCGGGGGAGAGUGAGAUGAGGCCGAGGAAGGCCGGAAGUCUCGGCUUGGAGGGAAGCAAGUCUUGCUGGGGGUGCGGCCGGUCAUUUCUUGGCCCCGCCCCUUCCCCGUAGUGCAGGCGAAGCCUGCUGGGCGAGUCUUUGCUCGUGGAGUAGCACCGCGGGAGCUCUCAAACCCAGCAGGCUUCAUCCGGGUCUUUUGGCUGUGAACAUCUUUCAAGCACCGCUUGCAAAGGGGGCAGAGAAUAUAAAUAUAAAAAAAGUAUAUACACGCGCCUGUAUAGAUAGAUAUAACACGGUCAAUUCUUUUUCUUUUUUGCUCGGAAGUAAGCCUCCAUGAGCUCACACGGGACUGACUCCAGCGUAUGCCGGGUACUCAUUUUACCAACCACGGAUAGAUGGAAGGCUAAGUGGACCUCAACCUCUUUUACCGGAGAUUCGACUUCCUCCUCCAUUGGAAUCGAACUGCAGCCGUGAGCAGAGCUUCGGCUGCGUUACCACCGCUUACCACUCUGCCAAAAGAGAAUGAGACACCUUCACAUUUAAGUAGCCCCCCUUGGAAUGCUUCACAGCCCCCAGGUUGGGAAUCACUGGUAUAAAGAACUCUCUCUGGGGGGCUGAAUUCCCAUGCCCAGGGCAAUUGAUCCUGGCCAAGCACAACCCAUGUCUCCCUUACCAGGAGUGAAUUAAACCAAUGCCAACCCUGUAAGAUGCUGAGGAUUGAACCUGUGACCUUCUGCAGGUACAGCAUGUGCUCUACCACAUUAUGUUUUCCUGAUGUUGCUGUGAUCUAUGCCAUUAGCUUUCGUUAGCCUAGAUCACGAAACUCUACUGGUCAACUAUAAGGAAAUGAAAUGAGCUAGAAGAGCAGGAGGAGGUAUUUCCCAGUGAAUAUUUGAGGCUUGAAAACUCAAGUCUGCAAAAUGAACGAAAGUGGCAAAUCUGCUGAGAAGAACAUGGAGGAGGAGACAAACGAUUAUAAAGAUUUUGCUGAGAGCUUUAACCAGCUUGAACUGUUGGAAACCCACAGGCAUCUGAUCCCCAGGGGAACACAAAGUCUUUGGUCUGGAGAGUCUGAUGAGGAAGAUCAGGAAGAAAAAACAGAGGAUUGGUACCAAGCUCAAGAGAAGAAGCUGGAAAACAACCCAGAUAAGCUUUUGCUUUGGUCAGCUGAAAAAAACAGGCUUAACACAGUGCAGAGGCUCCUGUCUAAGCAUCUUGCUCCAGUAAAUGUCCAGGAUGAAGAUCAAUAUACUCCUCUACACCGUGCUGCCUAUAGUGGACACUUGGAAGUUGUACGCGAACUGAUUGCCUACGGUGCAGACGUUCACGCUUUAACAGUGGAUAGUUGGACCCCACUGCACAGUGCCUGCAAGUGGAACAACACAAAGAUAGCAUCAUUCUUGCUUCAGCAUGGUGCAGAUAUCAAUGCUCAGACCAAUGGCUUGCUGACCCCACUGCACCUUACAGCAGGAAACAGGGAGAGCAAGGAGACCCUUGAACUCUUGCUCAUGAAUCGCUAUUUAAAGCCAAAUCUCAGAAACAACUUGGACGAAACGGCAUACGAUAUUGCUCGAAGGACUGAUAGAUAUCACUACCUGUUUGAAAUUGUUGAAAAUUGCACAAAUUCUGUAUCUGAUUCUUAGGAAUUGUAUACAAUUGAAUGUUGAACACACUGCCAGCGCCUUUGUAAGAAGUACACUUUGUAAUUGCACACAAAGUUGAUGCUUUCAGCUCCACCUCUUGGCCUAGCUUUAUUUGGUGAGAUGCUGAAAUGAGGUCUCAUUUUGUUACAAUGUCAUUAUUUUUAUACUAUCAACCACCUUACCUUUGUGAAACAUUUCCACUUUUACUUGAAAAGCUUUGGAGGAAUCCUAAAUAUCUCUGGGCUGUUUCCCACAUUCACUACUUCACAUGGCAGAAGUACUCCCAUAAAUCAUUCUCAUAUUCCAAAACAAUAUAGGAAUGCACAUGAAGGGAAGCAAGACUAUCUGAAAUGUUAGUUGCUUCUUUUCCUUUAAAAUGAGUGAGAAUUACUGAGACCUACUUGCUACCACCACGUGUGCUUGAGCAAACAGGAACAGUGGACACAAACUGCCAAAUCAUACAGUCUACAGACAAUUGCAAUGAGGCUAGCAGCCACCCAUCAACAGGAUCAAUUAUAUCUUCUCAGCUAUAAAAGCUGAACUAAUCUGAAACCAAACAGUGCAAUGCAAUGGUCAGAUUUCAAAGGCCUAGCCAGUGUCUGGUGCAGUAUAGCAUACCUUGUCUCCCUACCUUCAAAACAUAACAUUUUGUGUGCUAAGAUUUUUGCUUUUCGCAGGGAUAGCAUGAAUGAAUGGCUACACAUGGAAAUAUUAUGCAGGGCCUACCUUACUUACUAAAUGGCUCCAUGGGCAGGAUUUUAAAUCCUUUCUCAAUCCCAUUCAUGGAUUCAAUUCUUGAAAGUUACAUAGUUUCCUUGUAUAAUGUUGCCACACAUAGAUGUUUAACAGCAGUAGUUUUUAAAAAGGCAGUCCUAGGAGCGCAAAACAUUACACUAAAGUGGUCCAAAAAUGCAGGUAAUAUGAGAGUCCAGAAUGUGGUAGUGCCCUAAUUAAUUACUUGCUUCCCUUGUUACAUUUUUGUAUAAUACACAGGAAUGAUUUGGGUGCCAUUCAUGAGUGAGACUGAAACUUUGAAGACUGAAACUGAAAACUAAGCUAAAACCCUACUUGACUCUGAAGUAGACCAAUCAGUGGUAGAUCAGUGAGGGAACUCUGGAGCAUGUGGUUUGUAUAACCAAAGCCAAAACUUAACUCUGUAGUUUGAAGACCCAGUUCUGAUUAUUAGUUACAAACACGAAAGUCCUCUGAAACAUUCUUGACUGUACAGUAUAUGUGACUGGGUGUGGGGCUGUACAAUGUCCAUAACUACUUGAGUUAACAUACUUAAUGUUACAUGUGAUUCUGUUCAUUUAUCAGCAGACUUUGCUUCAUAUAAUCAUGCUAUUCCUCCUAAAAUCAGUGAAAUAUAAUUUUCCUACUUGUAUUUACUAGAAAGUAAGCCUCAUUGAAAUUGGUUGGACAAUUUCUGAAUGAAUGGCUUAGCAUUAGGCUGUACAUUCUGCUGUUCUACACACACUUCUAAAUAAAUGUUUCCAGAUUUGACAUCUAAGCUAUUUCAAGUUAGCAGUGUACCAACUCAAGUGGCUUGCAGAUCACUGCCUUAAGGUUACACUACAGAUUUAAACUGCUUGGAAACCAGUUUAAGUAUUACAACUUCCCCCAAAAGAACACUGAGAAUUGUAGUUUUGCCAGAAUGCUGAGGCUUCAGAAAAUGAUUGCUAGUCUUGCCUCAAACUGCAAUUCCCAAGAUUCUGUGUGUUUGGAAGCCAUGACUAGUAAGCCGGUUUGAAACCAUUUUAAAUAUGUAGUGUAGUAUGUCUUCAGGUAGUGCAAAAUAGAUUUACUGUGUCUGAAAGCGGUAAAGCACUAGUGCAUUGUAACAGAAUUGGGAGUAUUUAUUAUUGUAUGAAAUGUCAAAUACAGGUGAUAUCAAAGUUCACUUUAAAGGAUUAUUUUUAAAAAAUUGUGAGAUACUUAUUAACUUUUGAAAACUGCAUGAAAAGUGAAACUGAAUGUAAGUGAACAAUACAGGUAACACUUGAAAUACAGUAUACUGUAAUUCUGCUGUGAGUCUUAUUUAAAAAUAAAAUAUUUAACACAGUGAAACUC